AUGGGAAUUGCAAAAUUGAAAUGUGUUUUGACUUACGUUGUAGAAUUCAGGUACUGUAAAUAAGCAGUGGGAAGCACAGGGAAAGAAAAAGAAAAGAAGUAACCGACAUGCAAAGUUCAAACAAAACGGACAAAACUCUCAGUCGUCCAGAUCCUCUUCCAGAGGAGGUACUCCAAAUACACAAAGAAACCAGGCCAUGCCAAAGCCUAUUCAGAGCAUUGCAAAAAAGCUCCAAAAACAGUCUGAAACAAUUUUAUAUCAGAGAAAAAGACAUUUAAGUAGCUGCAGUACAACAACAACAGCAACAGACGAUUCUGAAUUAGAAUCCGGAUCACAGUUUUAUGACAGUGAUCAAGAACUAUCAUCUGAUGAUGAAAGUUUUGAUUUUUCAUCACGAGAGGAAACUCCAGAAGCAAAUGUUGGUCCGGAACUUGAUCCAGAGGAAGAAGCAAUGAAGGAGGAAAUGUCUUUUUAUGAGCAAAGUCGACGCUACUACCAACAGAAUGAUGACAGCUCAGAAUAUUUAGGUCAGGCUGAUUCAGAUGAGAAGCUAUUAAAGUAUGGGGUAAAGCUUAACUUGUCCUAUAUGCACCAGUUUGAAGACAAGCAUCCGGAGAUACUUAAACGUGAUCAAUUUUACACCGAUUUUCUGAACGAAAACGAGCUGAAGCAAAAGCUCUUAAAUUAUCCAAAGAAAUACAAAAGAUGCGUAAUACAGAUUGAAGGGUCUCAUGAGGCUUAUUGCACGCCAAUAGACACCAACGAUUCCAUUCACACGAUUGAAAUAUCUGGUCGUUCGAAAAUUGGUCAGGUCUUCAAUGAAGAUGAAGUUGUGGUUGAAAUCCUUGAUGAAGAUGUCAAAGAUAAAAAGGAUACACGUUUCGGUAAGGUAUUGGGAAUUUUAAAUAGACAGCGUCAUAAAGACACAAAACAUCCAGUAUUUAUUUGCACACUUGAUGAUAUGGAAAGUAACCUAGUUCGACCUUUGUGCAAAACCAUCCCUAAGAUUCAUAUCAUUGACAGAGAAAUAACACAAAAAUACACUUCACGUAUUACCAAAAGAUACAAAAUUGAAACGUAUGAUUAUGAUGGACAGGCUGAAGUCCUUUGUAAUCCAAAAAUAAUAAAUUUGAAUCCAGCAGAACAGAGGUCCUAUAUCUUCCUUGUGGCUUUCAUUAGCUGGAGUCCACGUCAUAUAUACCCAAGAGGAGCUAUAAUUAAGAUGCUUCGAACUGGUCUGUCAGAAUCAACAGGAUUGAUGAUCUUAAAUCUACAACAUGAAGUUCCUACAUUGUACAGAAAAGCAACAAUUGAACAAGUAGCCAGUACUACAAAUCGUCUUGGCGAUGAGCCCUCCAGUGAUCUUCUUAAAAAUAGAAAAGAUCUCACUAAUCUCAAUGCAUUUACAAUUGACCCAGCAGAUUCAAAAGACCUUGAUGAUGCCCUUAGUGUCCAAAGUAUAGAAGGGGGAUACAAAGUUGGUGUGCACAUUGCAGAUGUAGCCACGUAUGUGCCUCAGAAAUCACCACUAGAUGAGGAAUCAAGCCAAAGAGCCACAACCUUCUAUCCAGGUAUUCGUCGUCCGAGGAACAUGCUACCCGAACCUUUCAGUACAAAAGUGUGUAGUCUCUUACCUAAUAAAGUCAGAUUAACUAUAUCCCUGUUCUUUUACCUCACCAGUAAAGGUAGACUUAUGCAGAUGGAGGGAAGUAAUUUUGAAAUUGUCCCAUCUUACAUCAAAUCAAAAAAGCAGUUCACAUAUUCAGAGGUUCAAGACAUCAUCAAUACCCAAACCACUGACAUUGAUACCGACAUCACAAAAGAUAUAAAGACACUGUUUAAAGUAGCGAAAGAAGUAAGAAAACAGCGUCUUGGUAAUGCAAUGUUUGCUUUAGAUUUAGACUGGGAAGAGGCCGAACAAGGGGAAGCAGAAGGUCAAACAGUAGAAGCACAUUACCUUGUGGAAGAAUUCAUGGUAAUGUCUAAUAAGAAAGUUGCUGAAUGGUUGCUAAGACACAAGUAUGACGGAUAUAAACAAUGCGUACCACUGCGUUGUCAACCGCCACCGUCCAAAGAAGGUAUGGAGCAGUUUCUUCAAAAGAAUGGUUGCUAUAUAGAUAUCCUCUUGAGACUUCAAGACAAACAAGUAGGUCCAAAAAAGCCUAACUUCCGAGAAUGCUUUAAUGAACCAAAGGCGAAAACCGUUAUGCUUGCGAAAGAUGUAUGGAAGGCUAUGACAAGUGAUCCGCAAACUGCUGCUGAAUAUAUACAAAAAGAUGACCUGCACCCUAUUCAGCUGACUGUUUAUCAGCACUGGUUAGCGAUCCAAGAAAAGGCAGGCUAUAGAUGCUCUGGAAGCAUAAAGGGUGAGGAGGACGGGAAGCAUUCUAGCUUAGAUGUAUAUCCUUAUACACAUUUUACAUCACCUAUCCGGAGAUACAAUGAUUUGAUAGUCCAUCGACUCAUUCAUGCGGCUCUUCGAAGAAAGCCAUGCCCUUAUAACAAAAGUGAAAUUGAGGGUAUAUGUAUCCAUAUCAAUUCUGUGGCGAAAAGGGCUAAAGAGUAUCAGAAAGGAUGCAGUGCACUUGAAACGGCAAUACGAUUUAAGACAUCACCACGGAUGCUGAAUUGCUGUGUAGAUGAUGUGUCAGACAGGGGUGUAACUCUUUGUUCGCCUUGGUUAAAAUAUGUCCCGAAACCGCACCGUGAACUAACAUUCAGUUUGCUCGACAUGGGUCACAAGCCUGUACCUAUUGAGGAUACAGAUACAAAAUGGACUAAGAUGAAAGCUGUUUGGAGAAAAAGGCUGUAUAACUUGUCAGUAAAAGCUAUUAAUAAACCCGAUAAUGGCAGAGAACAUAAACUUAAUCCAUACAGCAGUGUAGUCUUCCUCUCAAUUCAUGAAUGGGCGAAAAUGCUUCGAGCAACAACUGAUGAGCAUAAAGACGAUCUACGGCGUGCUUUACAAAAUACAAGGCUGAUUAUCCAUCAGAAUGAGGUAUGCGAAGAUGUGACUACCGAAUGUGUCAACCAACUAAAGAUUCAACCCAACACAAAGUUUUCGAUGAUAUUUUCAAGGGGACAACAGCUAAAGAUACAAAUGUCCGCUGCUCCUAAUAAAGGAAUAUUGACACCAAAGCCAGUUCUUUAUAGUAUGACAAAUAACGUGAAGUUUUGUCUUCAGCAUACAGAAAAUCCUGUUCUUCACUUGUAUCGAUAUGUGACCAAAGCAACUUGCGACAAGUAUCCGAGUAUAAGAGUCUAUCUUGAAAGAUGGCUUCCAAUUAUUUUAAUGGAAGCUGCAACCGGUGUUAUUCGUAAUGAGGAAACUUGCUGCAUUAAUGAUGUCCCAAUUAAGUUUCUUGAAGACAGAAAAGGAAGGUUUUCUCUCGAUCUUGCUAAAUGCGAAGUCCGGAAUAUCGAAUUGUCAGGGGUUGUAUCGGAAGAUACCGAUGAUAUUAGCACCAAUGAGAAUAGUGGAUCAUACGACUGGUUAUGUUUGAGGGCAAAUGUUCCAAAUCCAAAGAAGCCAACAAGUGGCAAGGGAACACUUGAACUUAAUUGCUACGACGCUGUAUGGAUUGGACAUGCCGAAGUUAUUAAAGCUGUGAAAAGAAAAGAUCAAGAAACCAGUGAUGGAAAGAUAAACGUUACGUUUCAACUGCAUGAAAAGUGUGAAGCUCUUCCACCAAAUCUUCCACGGAAUGUGAAAUUCUGCGUUGAAAUAUUGAAGAAGUCUGAAGUUGAUAGGAGAACUGAAAGUUUCAUUAAAGAACUUCCAUCCCAAUGUGACUCACUGUCAGCGCAAAUUGCCCUUAACAAACGUAUUUCAGAUUUUGACAGAAGUCGUGCACAUAUUGCAAGUCUAAGACAUAACCAAGAUUUGUUUUUUGAAACAAAUCGUGAUGAUCCUCAACAGAGAAAAACUGUUCUUCCACGUAAUAAUGCAAAACAACAAGAGGCAGUUAAUAAAGCACUUACGUCACGUUUUUCGUUGAUUCAAGGACCACCAGGUACAGGGAAAACGUACACUGGCAUCAAACUGAUGUAUCUUUUCGACAGAAUCAACAACCAGAUGAGCAAAGAAGGACAUCCUAGGAAACAAGUGCUCUUUUGCGGACCGUCGAAUAGAUCCGUCGAUUUAGUUGCCACUUGGAUGCUGAAGCGGAUGGAAAAUUAUAAGCCAAACUUCAUACGUGUAUACGGCAGGUCAAUUGAGGCACUAGACUUCCCGAUACCUGGGAGAACUUUCCUUUCUAAACGAAGCACAAGAAGUAACCACACCAAUGAAGAACUACGUUGUGUAGCUCUUCAUCAUCUUAUUCGAGAGAAAGGCAAGAAAUAUGCUGAGGAAAUUAGGGCCAAAGAUAAAUUCUUCAAAGACAACAAUUACGAACCUAUGCCCGAAAUUGUUAAAGGGUAUGUCCAUAUAGUGAGAGAGGCGUCGAUAGAAGAAAUACGAAAAUAUGAUGUGAUUUUAUGUACAACAGCAGUAGGUGCAAAUCCGAAGGUACUCGAGGCAACAAAUGUGUACCAGGUCAUAAUUGACGAAGCUGGAAUGUGCCCUGAACCGCAGGGACUUGUUCCAAUUAUUGCCUCUAAAGCUGAGCAGGUUGUUCUCAUAGGUGAUCAUAUGCAAUUACGACCAAUAAUAAUGUGCAAAGAAGCAGCACUCCUUGGUUUGGAAAAAUCACUGUUUGAAAGAUAUGCAACAACAGAAUCUUCCAAAAAUGUUAAGUUUACUCGUCUGGAAGACCAAUACAGAAUGAAUCCAGAAAUAUGUAGAUUUCCAUCAAAACAGUUUUAUGAAUCGGCACUAAGAACAAUGCCAGGUAUAUGGAGGGAAGAGACACUACGUAUUUGGCCAAGGGAUGCAAAAGGAACUUAUCCCCAUGUAUUGGUUCAUGUCGAGGGUGAGGAGCAUAUCCUCACUGUUUCCACAGAAGAUGGGAAUGAGCAAUCCAGGAGCAAUGAUGCAGAAAUCGACCACGUGAUAACGACAUACAACUACUUGAGGAGAGAAGUCCCAAACGAAAAGAUACAGAUUUUGUCUCAGUAUAAUGCUCAGUGUUCUGAGAUUAAGAGAAGGCUUUUAAAAGAUGGUGAAGCAAAAGCAGAUGACCUUGUUAGCACAGUUGUUUCAAGUCAAGGAGGCGAAUGGGACUACGUAAAUUAUUUAGCACCGUUCGGUCUUUACCAGAUUAAAAGAAUUAGAGAAAAAAUCUACUCUUGGAUGGUGUAA